AUGGAAGCCUUCAACUUCGCGACGUCGCUUGACUUGACCGAGCUCAACGUACAUGUCAGAAUAGAUCGGCUCGAUGGCACCCAAAAGCCCGUGCCCUACUCAGUUCUGCUGAAACGCCCUGAUCUGAGGCACCGAGCUUCCAUCACCAACCCACACUUUGAGCUCUACGUCACGGCGCAAAUAUGGGCCGACAGCAAGCCUCUCACCGUACCCGUGCAGACCGCCUACAAGUCGUUCAAGAAUGCACGCAUUUGGAACGAGUGGUUGCAGCUGCCUGUCACGUACUCGAACCUCCCAGCUUCUGCGCAGCUUAAUAUCACUGUGUGGGACCUGUCGCCCGCCGAAGAUACAGACUCCAACCUACACGCAGUACCCUUUGGCGGUACCACCAUACCUCUCUUCGACAAGCACAACACCCUGCAGAAGGGACGACAGCGGUGUCGGAUACACCGCUUCAAGGCAGCAAAUGGCCUGGCAGACACCACCACGCCGUGGAUGUUACCGCAAGCGAGGAGGAGUCGCAAAGCUCAGAUGGCUGAAGACACGGUAGACGAGCAAGUGGCAGAAAUGCAACGCCUUGAAGAGCUGCUGAAGAAGCAGGAAAUGGGCGACCUGCCGACCAACACCUGGCUCGAUGGACUAGUCUAUAAAAAGAUGAUGAAGAUACGCAAUGAAGCUCUGAAGGCUGAGGCAACAGCAUUGAAUCGCCAGAGCAAGACAGAUGGCGACGCUGGGGGCGAAGAUGAGCAGGAGCUCUUCUACCUCGAGAUUGAGUUCCCGCGCUUCGACCACGCUGUCGUUUUCACUGAUGUCGAGUAUCCUCCGCCGCCUGUCUCAGAUCUGAGACUGCCGGUUGAGGCUGAUGUUCGGUUACGUCCGCCGCCCGAGGUCUCCUUUGGGCCUGAUAUAGACAUUGAUGGAGUUGGCUACGGCGAUGCAGACGCAGGACGCCUCAUCAAGAUUUACGAUCCCGAGAUUGGACGACGAGUGAAUCCGGCUGAAGACAAACACCGGGAGCUUAUGCGCAGUCAGCAGACAGAUUCCCUAGAUCGAGACAGGAAACCCAACGUACACGUCCGAGACAAACUGAACCUGCUGAUGGCCAAGGGUCCGCUCGAGGAGAUCACGUCACACGAAAGAGAUGACAUCUGGAAGUUCCGAUACUUCUUGCUCCGUGACAAGCGAGCUUUGACCAAGUUUGUGAAGUGCGUCAACUGGAAGAACCCGCGUGAAGCACGCCAAGCGGCACCAUUACUUGACAAGUGGGCUGAGAUCGAUGUCGAUGAUGCGCUCGAGCUGCUUGGGCCACACUUCGAUCACCCGGUGGUGCGAAGCUACGCUGUCGAGCGACUGAAGAAAGCGGAUGAUGAGGAGUUGCAGCUGUACCUGCUUCAACUGGUACAAGCACUCAAAUACGAAGCUCCAGGAGAGGGCGAUGACUCGUCGUUGGCGCGCUUCCUGAUCACUCGCGCAGCGAACAGCUUCGCUCUCGGCAACUUCUUCCACUGGUACCUGAUGGUCGAGAUCAGCGACUUCAGUACCGACCAGGAACCCGAGCAUCGCGACUUGUUCGCCAAAGUUGAAUAUGACUUCAUGGUCGAACUCGAAAAGACUCCAGAAGGGGUUGAAACGCGUAACACAUUCCGCAGACAAGGCGAGCUACUCACUGUCCUUGCGAAGAUCUCGAAGGAUGUCAGAUUUGGUGGUGGUGAUCGUUCGACGAAGCUCGCGCGCCUCAAGAAGGCCAUCUCAGAUCCCAAGAAUGAGCUCGCCAAUUUCGAACCGCUACCACUUCCUCUCGAUCCAUCCGUGUACAUUACUGGUAUCACUGAUGAAUGCAACGUUCUCAAGUCCUCCCUCCUGCCCAUGGUCCUCAAUUUCAAGACCACGACAGACAACAAAUACCCCAUCAUCUUCAAGACGGGCGAUGACCUCCGACAAGAUCAGCUCGUCAUCCAGAUCAUCACGCUCAUGGACCGCCUGCUCCGCAAAGAGAACCUCGACCUCAAACUGACACCAUACCGCAUCCUCGCCACCUCCACAUCCGCCGGCGCAUUCCAAUUUGUCCCAUCCAUGUCCAUUGCAGCCGCAUGUCAAAAGCACAAAGGCUCUCUCCUCGCCUAUCUGCGCGCCAACAACCCCGACGACUCCGCCCCUCUAGGUGUCCGCAAAGAAGCAAUGGACACAUACAUCAAGUCGUGCGCCGGCUACUGCGUCAUCACAUACCUCCUCGGUGUCGGCGACCGGCAUCUCGACAACCUGCUCCUCGCGCCCGACGGCCGCUUCUUCCACGUCGACUUCGGCUACAUCCUCGGCCGCGACCCCAAGCCCUUCGCGCCGCAAAUGAAACUCUGUCGCGAAAUGAUUGAAGGCAUGGGAGGCGCCCAGCAUCCGAAUUAUCUGGCGUUUAAGAGCUAUGCGUUUACGGCGUGGAGUACCCUGCGCAAGUCGAGUAAUUUGCUGCUCAAUUUAUUUGCGCUUAUGCAGGGCGCGAAUAUCCCGGAUAUCAAAGUUGAGAGAGAAGGGAGUGUGGGCAAGGUCAGGGAGCGCAUGUGGCUGGGACGUAGUGAAGGUGAAGCGGAAGUGCUGUUCGAGAGACUGAUCGAGGAGAGUAUGGGCGAUUGGAAAGCGGGUGUUAUUGAUUGGGCACAUGAGUUUGUGCAGACUUAUUGGCGGAAGUAG